UUUCCCUUCUGGACUCGCAUAGCGUGGCGUGGCAUACCCUGUCUGAUUUUUGUUCUAUGAAGGUGUACGACGAACGGUGAACUUUUCUUUUCCAUUCCUUGCUUUGCCUCAUGCUGCUUACGUUGAGCGCCAGAGGUAAUGUGCUAUUGUCCCCAUGGGACGUCCACAAUUAUUCCACGGCCGAUCAUUCUGACUACUAUGUUAGCUCUGGUCUUUGCUGGAGUUGUUGUAUCGACAGUGAUGAUCUUGUUAUCUGUUUGUGGAGGUGCUGUCUAUUGGCAUCCCUGUAUGACUUGAUUUGGAUUCUUAUCCUGCCAGUGGCUUGCUGGUUUAUUGUAUUCCACCAACUUUGGACACAGUUAUGAUGUAUGUCAGCAGAGUUUCUGUAUCGAAACAAA